UGAAACAUGGAGGAAAGCUUGAACCAAAACAGAGAUUUUGCCUACUGUAAAAGCUAAAAAAAUGCGAUUUAAGACGAUUUAUUUUGCCCGCUAUUACUAAGUGAAGGUUCUGUGAAGGCGUUUUGUGAGCGGACAGUGAGAGUGAAAUGUCUCUGAGUGCUACGUGUGAGUCGGUGUCUCAGAAAAGGACUCUGUCGAGCCUUCUCGCUGGUCGUGAGCUGAAGAGGCCUAAGCUGACAGAUGCCCAGAGGCUGCAGGAGGCAGCGAUCCAGCUGUUGGAGCAGCAGCAGAACAUCCGCAGCCUGUUCAGAGAGGUCGGGCAAUCUGAGACAUGCAACCUGUCCUCUCAUCAGGAUGGAGAGAAGAAUCAAGUGGCGUCCGAAGGUCUCUCAUCCACCAUCACUGGGUCACUGCUGGCGAGUGAGCUGAGGCGUCAAGCUGUGCAGCUGGGUGUCCCAGUGGCAGUGCUGUCGGUGAAGACGGUGUUGGAGAGACUGAAGGAGAUCACAGAGGAAACCAGCGAAAGGGAGGAAGAGGAGGAGGAGACAAAGAGAGAGAUGCUCACUUCCUCUCAGAGAGUCCAGCUGUGUGUUCUGUUGGAAUCCAGCAGAGAAUUGCUGUCACAAGGAGCCAUCUGCCCCAAACUGCUUUGGCAGGAGUACAUGAGAGAUCAGAAGCUACCCAAACUGGAGAUGGUCUACUAUCUUCACUCUUACAACAUCCUCAAUCUGAAGUACAUUUUAGAGAGUGAUGAAGCGGUGAGAUCAUGGCUGGUGUCCCAGUUGAGGCUUCUGUGUGGAUGGAGGCCUCCACCGGAAGAAGAGGAGACCAAACAGCUUCAGCAGAAAGUGUUGUCAAGUGUGGUUGGCGUCUUAGUGGGAGCAGGCUUUGAGCUGAGGCGCGAUCCGGCGGCUGCAGACAGAAGGCUCUCCCUGCUCUGCUGCUCGAUUCUAGACGACAUGCUCUUCUGGAGAGCUGAAGCUGAAGACCGCUCUGAUUGGAUUAAUGAAGGACUGCGCUAA